UUUUGCUGAGUGAGAGAGGAUUUGCAGGCGUCCUUCCCAGAGCCGUUUCCAGCAAAGCUUGGUGCGGUCUCUCCCGUUUCCGUCAACGUCUCCCUCCUCACCCCCCCGCCCCCCCCGUGUUUUUUGCUCCUGUCAAGCCAGUGGGUCCCUUUAGGGUAUUACUUAAAGGUAGCCUUAUCACCUUGCGUGAGGGCUGCGCGGCCCGCGAUGACUCUGCAGGCUGCACGGGAAGUCGUUCCCCAUCAGCUGCCUAGCCAGAGGAAAUAGACCUCGGCUGGUUUCUGUGUCUGGGAGUAACAGUUGGCUGCUGGAUGCCAGCCGGUUGGUCAUGACGCUCUGUCAGUGCUGCUAUGUCCUCUUUCACCGCGAGCUCAUCAGCGUCAAAUUCGCCAGCAGUGUCAGUGGGAAAUGUUGGUCAACUGGCAAUAGAUCUAGUGAUUUCCACGCUUGACAUGACUAAAGUUGGUUACUUUUACACUGAUUGCCUGGUGCCAAUGGUUGGAAAUAAUCCAUAUGCAACAGCAGAAGAAAAUUCAAUGGAGCUGAGUAUAAAUGCUGAAGUGUAUUCGUUACCUUCAAAGAAACUUGUAGUUCUGCAGAUCAGAUCACCUUUUAUAAAGAACAAGUACAGGCCAUUCUGUCAAACAUUGCUUUCUUGGGUGAAAAGUAGCAAAUGUGCCAGAAUCGUUCUUCUGUCUAGCAGCCAUGCAUACCAGCGCAAUGAUGAGCAACUGCUUGGGACACCACUACGCUACCUACUUACACCUGAUCUUGAGAAAGCAAUUGGAGGCCUUAUGCAGGAGCUAAGCUGGAAAGAAAUGGAAAAAAUAGCAGCUUACCCUGGAAUAAAUGAUACAGAAAAAGUUCUACAUAUUCCUGGAGGUGGCAUCACAAAACUAUUAUUUACUGAGAGCUGUUCAAAAGGAAUCCAAAUGGCAGUUCUUCUGAAAUUCUGCUCAGAAGGGGACAACAUCCCUGAUGCAUUUGCUCUUGUUAACUAUCUUAAUGAAUGGCUCCAGCUAAUUAAAAGCGAAAGCAACAAUUCCACAGAUACUUCUUCACAAUGGAAAAUACCAAGUUCUUGGCGCUUACUUUUUGGCAACGGUCUUCCACCUGCACUCUUCUGAUCAGUUUUGAAUUCUUCUGUAAGUCACACGUGCAGUCUCAAACAUCCCUUGAGAAGGUGAUUACAUAGUCAUUGCCAAGCAACAGCAGCUUAAUUUGUUGUGUACAUAAAUUCUUUAUUUAAGAAAAAUUUCUUUCACAGAUGUGGGUAGCUAAAGAAAUUAAGGUAACUUUCACAAAUUGACCAAAGAAAUAUGUUUUGUACAGUUGUUUAGUGAAUAACUUCGGUUGAAAUUUUUUCUAAUAAAAUAUUUUUUAA